GAUACCUCUUUCCAGAUGCCGAAGGAAAAGUACGAAGAUCCGGAUGUUUCUGGAAAGAACCGCUAUAAGUUCUUUGACAGGCCCUUCCUGCCAUUUCUUCAACAGAUGCCACUCAAUGUUGUUUUAGCAUCAGCCAAGGCGGGAUCGUUUCUUUUUUCUCCCGAGUCUUCCAAGUAUGCAAUCCUCCCUACCAAGUCCACUGUGGGCACACAGACUGAUUACCGGGAUGCAGAUGUUCAAACAGAUCCAUACUCUCCAGAAUAUGUUGUGUGUCAAGACACCAUUCCUGAGCUCUUGACUCUGGCUAAUCUGACUUGGGGCCGAGGUCUCCCAGCAGGACAAGCUGAGGUGGAAAUGAUAGAGCGGGCCCGGGAGAAGCGAGCCUGGGAGGCCACUCUGCCCCCACUGAAUGACAGCUUCCAGACCGAGAAGAGGAGGAAGAUGAUGAAUGCCAUGGAGAGGAAGGAGUGGGCCUUCAGAGAAGGAGAGAUUGAAAAACUGCAGGAACUGCGCCUGGAGGUUUUGAAACAAUUGCUGAAGAGGCGUGAGGAGAACCAGAAUGAGCUGGACAUGAGGCACCUGAACGAGCAGUGGUGUAAACUGCAGGAAAGGAAGGAGGCCAAAGUCGCGCAGAUCCAUCACAAACAUGUAUCAAACAUCAGAAAACUCGUGGGAAAAGGGAAGAACAUAGAGGGGAAGCUGCAGCGGAGAGACAUCAUCAAGGAGUACUCCAACUUUGGAUCUCAGGUCUACGGACCUUUGUCUCGCCUUGGCCGUUUCCCAGACAACAACUCAGAGGACUUUGUUGUCAGAAACCACUAUCUCAACACCUAUGAAGGAUUAGUGGAACUUGAGUCGUGCCUCCCUGAUUUUGUGACACAGCCAAGGAUCAAAGCUCCAAAGCCCCAAAUCAUUACCACCAAGGCCGGCUUUCUGAAGAGGACAGCCAAGACUGACUAUGAGUUGGCAGAGGUUCACAAGGCGCUGUUGGAUAAGAAGAAUAAAGGUCUAGAAGGAAUGAAAUCUCUGCGAUUCCUGCAAAAAAAUCCCAUCUCUCAGGCUCGGCUUCCAACCCCCUCCUUGGAAAUGUCUUCCUAUGAAGAAGGAGAAAUAGAAAUGGCUGUCAUCUACUUGCAGAAGUUACUCCGGGGCAGAGUCGUGCAGAACAUGAUGUUUGAGGGAAAGGAGAAGCGGCUGGAAUUGAUCCUGGAGUUGCGCACCAGCCACGCCCUGCAAGAGGAUGACAAGCUAGUGAAGAAAGCGGAGAAGCAAGUGACCCUGGCUCUACAGCCGCAGAGGAACCUGCACGAGGACAAGUUGUCAGUGGUUGAAAACCACUUGGGUGACCUGGAAGGAAGAGUGCUGACGGAUAUGUUCGACUUCCUGUCCAAAGAGCUGGUGAGGCUUCAGGAGGAGAGGAGGAUCCACGCCUUUGCCAUGCUGGCUGAGCGCCAACGGCGCAUGCGAGAAGCUGAAGAGAGUGGUCGGCGCCAGGUGGAGCAAAGGCGUCUGAAGCAAGAGGACCAGAUAUUUAUGGAGGUGAUUAAAGUUCACCAGAGUACGGUAACCUCCUACCUGGAAGACAUCAUACUGAACACUGAAGAACAGACUGCAGAGGAACAAGCCAGAGAAGAGAUCGAGAGGAUCGCUGAGGAGAUCAACGACAUCGCUUAUGAAAUGGAGAAGCGCCGAACUUACCUUCAGUCAGAGGAGAUUGUUGCCGAGCUGGUUUACAGUUUUCUCAUCCCAGAGGUACAAAAAGACUUUGUCAAAGAAAAAGUGAGGAAUGCACAGCGGAAGCACAUUCUCGCGGCCCAUCAGAUCAUUCACAGCAACACGGAAUCAGUGCUCCAGCAGAUCGCCUUUGAGGAACUCCAGAUAAAGGACUUUGAGCAGGCUGAGAGCCUAGGCUCUGACAUGCCAACUUUCUCUGUCUCUGACACGUCAACUCUAAAACCUACUCAGGAUGAGGGAGAAGGCUAG